AUCUGCCUGAGCACAUCAAGGUGGCAUUACCAGCCCUGUCCCCCACCAUGGAGAUGGGGAGCAUUGUGAGCUGGCAGAAGCAGGAGGGGGAACGCGUCAAUGAGGGUGACCUGCUGGCGGAGAUCGAGACGGACAAGGCCACCAUGGGCUGGGAAUCAUCUGACGAGGGCUACCUGGCCAGGAUAUUCAUACCUGCAGGAAGCAAGGAUGUGCCCAUUGGCAAGCUGCUGUGUAUCAUAGUGCCAGAGGAAUCAGACAUUGCUGCCUUUAAGGACUAUGUUCCUACUGAAGCUGAUGACCAGGCAAUAGGAGGAGCACCUUCUUCCACACCAGAUCAGGCAUCUGCCCCCAGCUCUCAGCCUCCAGCUGAGCAGACUUCCCCUCCUCCCUCCUCCCCUGCUAUGCCGGCUGCCUCUCAACCCCCACCCUCACAACCUCAAGCUGCCAAACCUGCCACUCCAGCAGGAAGCAGAGUUUUCACCAGUCCACUCGCAAGGACGCUAGCUGCAGAGAAAGGCAUUGAUAUUACGCAAAUCUCAGGGGGUUCUGGCCCAGAUGGGAGGAUCCGGGGACAGGAUGUGCUGAACUUCAGCCCAGGGGCACAGCCUGUGGCCCAACAGGCCCCCUCCCCAGCACCAGGGGCAGCCUACACUGAUAUACCUCUGUCCAAUGUUAGACAGGUUAUAGCUAAGCGGUUACUCCAGUCCAAGCAAACCAUCCCUCAUUAUUAUUUGUCCGUCGAUGUUAACAUGGAAAAUAUCAUCAGUGUGAGAAAAGAACUGAACCACGUUUUAGACAAAGACAGUAUCAAGCUAUCCCUUAAUGACUUUGUGAUCAAAGCUACAGCUCUGGCCAGUAAACGUGUUCCAGAAGCCAACUCAUCCUGGCUUGAUUCGUUUAUCAGACAAUAUCACACAGUAGAUGUUAGCGUUGCCGUGGCAACUGAUAAUGGCCUCAUCACACCAAUCAUUUUCUCUGCAGAUGUCAAGGGGUUAGCACAAAUUAAUCAGGACAUUAAAACUCUGGCAGCAAAGGCGAGGGAAGGAAAACUUCAGCCUCAAGAGUUCCAGGGAGGCACUAUAACAGUUUCUAAUCUAGGAAUGUUUGGAGUGAAAAACUUCAGUGCCAUUAUCAACCCACCACAGGCAUGUAUCCUAGCUGUAGGAGCCACAGAUAAGAGACUGAUUGUGGAUGAGAAUGCAGCUCAAGGUUUCAGUGCAGCCAACGUCAUGAGUGUGACACUGAGCUGCGACCAUCGUGUAGUAGACGGGGCAGUGGGAGCACAGUGGCUUGCGGAGUUCCGUAAACUUUUAGAAAAUCCCAACACGAUGUUGUUGUAACAUUUGUGGGAUGUAAAAAAUAUGCACAAAUGUAGAACAACUUCAUUUUCUUGCUCUCUUUUUUCCAAGGCAUCUCUGUAACAAGCGAAAUGAAAUGGCCACACAAUCCGGUGUUGAUACUGUUUAUUAUUGAACAUUCUUGUUAAUUUGGCCUGUACCAUUAUUUAGGGGAGGUAGGAUUGGUACUUGUAUUAAGGUUGAAGUGAAAACUCAGAUGUAAUGAAUUUGUUAGUGCUUUGGACUUGAACUGGUUCUUAGAUCUUGUUUAUUAUUUCUGUUUUAUGUUGUUAAACUGUCCACUUGUCCUUUGUAACCAAGAUACAGAGAAUAUGAAAAAGAGAAUGAAACAGAGAAUUCAGUCAUAAUCAUCUCCUGUUAUAAAUGAGAUGGUAUGUAAUUGGCAAAAUGCCCUGUACACAAAUACUUGCAGUCUAAACCACAAGGGUUGAACUUCAAUUUAUUUACUAAUGGAUGAAUCUAGAAAAAAGGAAUUUGUUAUUCUGAAAAGUGAAUGAUUCUUCCAAAAUGGACAAAAGUACCCCCUAGUAACAGUAGUGUUGCUGUCUGUAAAUGAACUGAUUGUAUUUUGUUUUUGAUUUUAAAAGGACUGGAUAAUGUACAAUUGUGUUGUUGUCUUGUUUCGAUGUUUCUUGAAAUUUAAAUGGGUCAAGACUGCUGUGUCUGUCCGGCAGAAAUACAUGUAUAUGAAGCAAAUGUAAGAGCUAUGGGUUGGUGAUUGUCAUGUUGAAAGGCCAGAACUACUGCCACUACUCUAGACCCUCUUUAUUUGUCAUCAUUUUCAUAAUGUAUAAUUCUUGAUCAUUUAUCCUUGAGGCUCUAUAGGGGGUGGUCGAAAACAUGUUGGGUGUUUGUACUGUAGAAGCACAAAAACCCCAAGUAAAUGCAAGUUGUGCAGUGGUAGGUGAUCAUGGUGUUAUGAUGUUCAUUUUAAUAGUGCUAGAUACAUUGUAUGUGUGGUUUGUUCUUGUUUUGUAGUUUUAGCGAGUUGAACCAGUGUAAAAUUUGUCCUCUGUUUGUUUGGACUCAGUAUGUAGUGCCACUAAACUGAUUUUACUAAAACCAGCAUUACAAUUUGCAAGAAUUUUCUGUAAAUAUGUAAUAUAUCUUAUGAAGAACAAUAAAUCUGCAAUGAUUCUACAAAUGCAUUUGCAGAUAGAUUUCAUGUUUUAAGUGUUUGUUUCAAAAACCAAGUUUUACUUUUAGAGUAUUAAGUGAAAGUAUCAAUGAUAUUUUUCCCCAUUGUUAUGUAGUGCUAGGCAUAAAACAUUAUUAUUUCAAUGAAGUUUAUAUUGUGGCCGUGUGAUGCUGGUGAGGGGGUUCAAAUCCUUGAUGGUCCAUCUGGUUUUGAUACUCUUAUUGGAUGAAAUUUUCAAGUUGUUCCAUAUCAAAUGUAGCAUCAUUUAUUUAUAAACCAUAGGUCCAAACUCUGACACUGAGCAUGGAUGAGGGAAAUUUAGACAAGCAAAUGUCAUGUUAGUUUAAGCCUCAUCUGGCAUAAGUAUCUAGGGUCUGUAAGGUUUGUGUAGACAGCCAUUAAUAUUUGAGGAUUUCACACCUGGAAACUUUAGUGCUCCUGCUGAACUAGUACAUAAAUACAAUGUGCGUGGUUUUAAACUGGCUGUGGAACAAUAAAGAUAUAUAGUACAUGUACAUGAGAGGUGACAAGUAUUUCUAAAUCUGGCCAAAGACAAUCUGACAUUUCACAGAGUGACCUGUUACAAUACAACUGCGGUAUUAUAAACUCUCAGUACUGUUUUUUUUUUUUUUGACUUUUUUUUUUCCUCUGUUUAUACCACUUUGUUAUUCGCUCAUAUUACAGAUGGGUGGGUUACCUAUCACUGCCUUACAUACAAGUAUUACUGCUAUGUUAUUAAAGUAGUUUGUGAUGAAUUCCUAACCAACAUGUAGUUUUCUUCUCACAAAUACAAAGGGAUACACAAAUAACUGUGCAGUAUUGUACUUUUAUGACUCUACCCAAAUUACUGGUUUUCAAAAAAUUUUACAAGCAAAAGGGCAACGAUCCAGAAUUGUUCAUGUAUUAUGUGGUUUACUUGUUAGAGAUCUUCAGUAAGUUGUAUGUGUACAUGUGGCUGUAAAAAGUAGAUAUAUAUCUUCUGACAAAUUCUGUCUAGAUCUGGUAUCAAUGAUAUCUGAAGUGUCGUAAGGUAAGUUUUGUUGAGUAUUCAUGUGUUCACAGACUCAUUAGAUUCGGUGAGGCCCACGUGUAUGUUGUGGCAUGUACCGCAUUUCUUCUAAUUUUUGGGACACCCGGUCUGCUCUUUUUAGCCAAUAUACAUGUAACUUUAUCAGGAUUAUUUAAUUUCUUUUUUUCUCACCUAGUUAGACCAUCUAAUGAACAACACACUCGUAUCUUUACUUUUCCAAAAAGCUGGGAAAGAAAAGUAAUAUUCUGCUUUCAGCAUUACUGAUAUGUCCUAAAAAUUAGAAGAAUUAGGGUACUUGUACAAAGUGACUACGUGCACUUUAUGGUUUACGUGCACUACUAAAAAGCUCUUACUAAUUAUACCAGUUUCCAUGGUGACAAAUAUCACAUAAAUGUAAGGAAGGACUUAGGACUUGGAACAUGAAUUUGAUCCUAUAUUAUUUAGCAGUACAGUGUUACAAGGGGUAUUAUGGUUACCAUGCCAGCUACUUGGAACAUGUAUAAAUAUAUGUAGAGGAACAAUAUACAAGUGUGUUGUAUUUUUGUUCAGUAAAGAAAAAGAAAGUUUUGAGGUU